AAAAAAAAUGUCGGGAAGCAAGUGUGUAAAGGCACCACGUAAAGCCUAUGCUCCAAAAGAACCUCAUGAAAUGAGUCAACAAGAAAAAUUAAGGCUCAUUGAUGAUGAGCUUAAUUCAUUUUACAAGUAUUGUCAACAAGCUGGAUUUACUGAUGAAGAAAUGGACAUUAUAUGUCAACCUCUUGUUGAAACAAUGAAAAGAUCUUGGUUUCAAAUUUUUUUACGUGUUAUUAUUGGUACUGUUAUAAUUGGAAUACUUGUAUCUGCAACAGCACAAUUGAGUGUUGUUGGAAUACAUUUUACAGCAAUAACACGUUUAUUUGCAAUUAAAUUAUUACCAUUAUGGAAUUGGCAGGAUAUUUAUCGUGAUAAUUGUAUGAUUAAUAAUCCAUUUUCUAAUCCAAUAACUGGUGAAGAUUGUGUUACAUGUCAAGCUGUUGAAACAAUUGAUCGUCUUUCUGAUGUUAGAUAUCGUCAAUUGGUUGAUGAUUAUCUUAAUCGUGAUGCACCAGCAAUAAUUGUUGAUGCCAUGGAUUCAUGGGCAGUUAUGAAUACUGAUUAUUUUUGGUUUGACAAUAUAACCCAUUUAUAUUUGGGUAAUGAAAAAUUAAUGGAAACAGUACCUUGUUCAUUGACAUCAAAUCUUAGAACUGGUUCAUCUGAUUUAGCUGCAUUUUUAAGACGUGUUGAUUCACCAGAAGUUGCCAAGUGGUUUGUUCAUUGGCAAAAUUGUGAUAUUAAUGCUGUUAAAGCAUUGAGAAAAUAUUAUCAACGUCCUUAUUUUCUUUCAAGUACAGUAUCACCAGCUCAUUUUAAUUGGGUACUAAUGUCAUCUGAUUACAGUAGUCCAAGUUAUAAAAGAGUUGAACUUGAUUCUGGCUUAAUUGCACUUGCACAAUUACGAGGUGCAACACAACUAAGACUUACACCAAUAAAUCCAUGUAAUAGUUCAUGUCCUGAAUUAAUUGCUGAUCUUCAUCGUGGUGAAAUGCUUGUAUUUACAAAUCUCAUGUGGAAUUUGGAGUAUGCACCAAUGCAAGGUCUUGAUAAUAUUGCUAUUUUAACUGAAACUGUUUGGGACGAGGAUCCAUAAAUUAAUCAAUAAAAUAAAUGAAAAAAAAUUUAGUUUGUAUUAAUGUAUAAUGCAAUAUAAUGUCAUUUUAUUGUAACAAAUUUAAUUGUCAUAAUAAAUUGACUAAAAAAUAAUUAUAAUACUUGAGGCAUUAAAAAUAAUUAGAAAAUAUA